AUCGACUCUUUUCCCCCCCAAACAACUCAGCACAGCAGGAUCAAGAUGGCGGACACGGACGCAUUAGCCAAAACCAUAGCGAAGGAUUAUGUGGAUAAUAUGGAGAGCUCUGACAGCGUGGAUGAAAAUGAACAUGUAUCCGGUGAAGAUGGAGCUAGAAAAGCAAAUAACAUGGACUUCGCAAGGGUGGAAAGACACAAGAGAAAGAAACACAAACAUCGAAGCAAGCAUAGAAAACAUAAAUAUCCCUUACCAGAUGAGAAGGACCACAAGCACAAGUACAAACACAAACAUAAGCGGAAACACAGAGACUCAUUCCACGACGAUAAAGACUGUUCUGCUGGUUAUGAAGGUGCUGUCAUCUCUCCAAAGCGAUCCAGAUUUGAUGACCUUGCUGCUCUGGAGGAUCUGGAGAAACAGAGGGCCAUGAUUCAAGCAGAGCUUGAUAAUGAGCUAAUGGAAGGGGCUGUGCAAUCAGGUAUGGGACUGAUAUUACAGGGUUAUAACUCCGAUUCAGAGGAGGAUGGCGAGGUCCAGGUGGCUGUGCAAAAUGGUGAACAACAGAGACAAGAUCUCAAUGACUAUGUAAUGGCUAAGGGACAUGCUGAAAGAUCUCGACAGGAUUGCAUAGAUGAUGAAAAUUUUUAUUCUCUGCUGGAAGGCAGAAGCACGUCUGACGAGAUGUCAGUCCAGGCUCAUAAAUCAGAAAUUAGAGUUAGUAAGACUGGGUUAGAUGUUAAUAUCUCUGAAAGGCCUAGUGGUCCCAGCCAGGCGAGGGAGCAGAGACGAUCCCGAAGCAUUGAGGGAUCCAAAGACGGUGGUCAGAGAUCCAUAUCUCCUGUGAAGUCCAAGGGAUUGCCAUCAAGCAACAAAAAAUCAGCUACAUGGCCCGAAGAGCAAAUUGUAGACCACAGAUCCUCAGCGAGAAGGAGCAAAUCUAGAUCUAAAGAAAGAAACACCAACUUGCUAGAAGCUGACAGGGAGAGAGACAAGAAAUCAGAAAAGGCACCCUUAAAAGAAGCCUCAUCAGGAAAAGAGAAUCGAUCUCCUAGCAGAAAACAAGGUCCAGAACAGCACAGCCUCCGCUCACCGGAACGCUUCCCUGUUGUGCAGAGCACAGACAGGGCAUCCAGACAGGAUAGAUCUUCAUGCCAAAAAAGAUCCCCUCCAAGGAGAGGGCGAUCUCGGUCGGUUGAGCGGAGACGGAGAGAAGAAGAGCGUCAGAGACUCCCCAAUGACAGGAUGCGAUCUCGUGAUGAGGUAGGGGGCCAUAGAGACGAGAGUCCUUGUCUGAGCUCCAGACGAAGGUUAAACCACUCGCCUCUCAGACGAAGGUCCCGUUCUCCCAGAAGACGAAGCAGCAGGUCUCCUUUCAGAUACAGGGAGCGUGACAGGAUGGAGCGCAGACAGCAGGUGCGUUCAGGAUCACAGGAAAGGCGGAGGAGAAGGAGCAGGGAAAGAGAGGACAUGUUUAAGGGCAGUCUGUCUGAAGGAAUGAAGGCUGAGCAGGAGGACUCAGAUGAUGAAGUGAUUGAGGAUUAUGACAUUGAUGAAGAGGACGAGGAGGCUUUGAUAGAGCAGAGGAGGCUUCAGCGCUUGGCCAUCAUGCAGAAAUAUAAGCCAGAGAAUGAGGACAGUAACAUGUCAGGACUCUCAGAUCACGGCAGUCCUCAGAGUAGCACUCGCAGCCGAUCGCCGUCACCUGAUGACAUCCUUGAGCGUGUGGCUGCUGAUGUCAAAGCCUAUGAGCAAGAGAACCUGGAUACAUUUGAGGAUAAUGUGAAGGCGAAGCAUAGUCUUGUCUCUCAAGAAAAAACAGGUGCUAAUCUGAAAAAGCCAGCAGCCCCUGAUAUGUUCACAGAGUCAGAUGACAUGUUCGCUGCUUACUUUGACAGUGCCAGGUUACGAGCCGCAGGCAUUGGAAAGGACUUUAAGGAGAACCCAAGUCUCAGAGAUAACUGGACAGAUGCAGAGGGCUAUUACCGUGUGAACAUUGGCGAGGUGUUGGACAAACGGUAUGGGGUGUAUGGCUACACUGGACAGGGUGUCUUUAGUAAUGUUAUCCGAGCCAGAGACUUGCCCCGAGCCAAUCAGGAAGUGGCAGUGAAAAUAAUACGCAACAAUGAGAUGAUGCAAAAGACGGGCCUCAAAGAGUUGGAGUUUCUGAAAAAACUGAACGACGCCGAUGCAGAUGAUAAGUUCCACUGCUUGCGGCUAUUUAGACACUUUUAUCACAAGCAACAUCUGUGCCUAGUGUUCGAACCACUCAGCAUGAACCUGCGGGAGGUGUUGAGGAAGUAUGGCAAGGACGUUGGGCUUCACAUCAAGGCUGUGCGCUCGUACAGCCAGCAGCUUUUCCUGGCCCUCAAACUCCUCAAACGCUGCUACAUUCUGCAUGCUGACAUCAAACCUGACAACAUUCUGGUGAACGAAUCCAAGACCAUCCUCAAGUUGUGCGACUUUGGCUCAGCGUCUCACGUUUCUGACAAUGACAUAACACCAUAUCUGGUCAGCCGUUUCUACAGGGCACCUGAGAUCGUAAUUGGAAAUUCAUAUGAUUAUGGAAUUGAUAUGUGGUCUGUAGGCUGUACUCUAUAUGAGCUUUACACAGGAAAAAUCCUUUUUCCUGGAAAGACAAAUAACCACAUGCUAAAACUGGCCAUGGACUUGAAAGGAAAAUUGCCUAAUAAAAUGAUCAGGAAGGGUCUGUUCAAGGACCAGCACUUUGACCAAAACUUGAACUUUUUGUACACUGAGGUUGAUAAGGUCACUGAGAGGGAAAAGAUCACGAUCAUGAGCACCAUUAACCCAACUAAGGACCUGUCGAUUGAUAUGGUGGGUCGCCAGGCACUACCAGAGGACCAGCGAAAGAAGGUCUUUCAGCUCAAAGAUCUGUUGGACCAGAUCCUGAUGCUGGACCCUGCCAAGCGGAUCACGAUCAACCAGGCAUUACAGCAUCCUUUCAUCCAGGAGAGGAUAUGAUCAGCAGCAUACCUAAGAGACUCAUGAUGGUUUUGUAUCUGCAGAUAUGACUCAGACAACAAAAAGACAUUUGCAUAUUUUAUUGCCAUGCUAUUUGAUUUUCAUUUCUGAUUCAUAGUCAUUUCUAGCGCAGGACACACUCAAGAUUUACUUUGAUUAUUUUUUUAUUAUUAUUUUAGAUGACCUACAAUGCACCCCAUAAAAUGUAAAGAGUAAAUUCUUUCAAGAUAAUCUAUAUUGUUCCGAUUUCAUGCUUCAUACACAGCUUCUUGUAGCAGCUAAAAUUAUAUUGUCAGAUAUAUUUGAUAUUACGAUCAAGGUUCAGAAUGUAAGAAUAUCCAUCUUUGUGCUAAGUUUGCACACCUUAUAUUUUGUAUAAUUCUAGAAUUUGAUGUAAACCAAAUAUAACUCAACCACCAAGGACUGUUUAGAGUGUGACAUGAGUCAGGCCAGCAUAAAUGCUGUCUAUAUCCACCCUCCCUUAGGUGUGAGAGUGAGAACGCAACCUGGCGUGCAGGCCCACGGCAUGCCCCUUGCCCUAGGUGUGUUUCUGCUGAAUCUGAGGUCUUGGGUCCUGCUUGACCUGGUCUGCAGGGAAAGCCUCCUCUGUAAAGGCAGGUUGUACACCUCUAUUGGUACACUGAAGGUAAGCUAACCCUUCCAAAACAAACGGCAUCAUUUUGCGUUCUUUUCAAGCCCAAAAUAAAGCGUCAUCAGGCCCUUUUGGCUUCUUCUGCUUUUAAAAAAAAGUCAUUUGGAUGCCUAUUAAAACCUUUUGUCUCCCUGUUGCUCUGUUCCAAAGCCUAGUGAGGCAUCGUAGAUAUGCAAUUUAUUACCAAUCAAAUGUUUGGGGUUGGAAUAAUUUUUUUUUUUUUUUAAU